AGUUAUGUCCUAUGUAAAACUUAUAACAUUGUGUCGAUAUCAGCAACAAGGCCUGCAAUAGUGAUGUUCUAAUACAUACACACAAAUUAUGCACGGCCACAAUAUUUAAUUUAGCACCAAUGAAAAUAUUCUGCAAUCUUGACAUGUUCUUAUUUAUCUAUUUCCUAGAGUGGCAUAUGCUUGCUUUCUAAUUUAAGCUUAUAAACGAUCCUGCAUUGAAGCUCCAAAAGGUUCGGUUAUUCAUGUAAUGCCACAGUUUGAUAUUUCAAAGAAGCAAAAAAUGGGAGCACCAACAUGUGGAAUCCGUAGCCGAAAGAAGUCAUCAAGAGGCCACCACAGGUUUGUAGGCGUUCGUCAAAGGCCAUCAGGGAGAUGGGUGGCAGAGAUCAAAGAUUCUCUCCAGAAAGUUAGGCUCUGGCUCGGAACAUUUGACACCGCGGAGGAUGCAGCUCGCGCAUAUGACAAUGCUGCUAGAGCUCUGAGAGGUGCUAAUGCUAGAACUAACUUUGAAUUGCCUGAGUCUGAAACCACUGGUGGUGCUGCUAAGCGUGGUUCUGGUUCCAAUUUCAUGCCUACUGAGCCUUUUUCCUUUGAGGAUGCAAAUGAGUCAAGUGCAGAUGCUGAUGGUCUUCUUGGUGCACUCAAGGCUAAACUGUUGGAUGGAACAAAGGAAGGGAAGUUUCAAUUUCCAUUUCCUGCUACUAAUUGUGCAGGACACGCUGUUCAACCUGGCAUGGUUAAUCCAAUAUCAACUCAGAAAUGUUAUGGGAAGAAGGAGAAAGAGAAAGAGAAAGAGAAAGAGUUGUCAUCAACAACUUCACUCUAUCAUAUGAAUGGAACUUCCAACACUUUGCCUUCUUUGUUGAGUCCUUCAUCAAACACUUCUACUAAGAGUGUGGUUCUCCCAAAUCAUGAUCAUAUGGAAGGUGUUGUAGCUAGCAGUUCUGGAAUCAACUAUCAACAACUUUGUCAAACUCCACCUUUAACAAGCAUGACAUGGUCCAAUGACAUGGCAUAUGAAUUGCCUUGGCCUAUGCAGAUGAACCAAGUUACUACUGACACUGCAGCAAACUUUCCAUGGCCACUUUAUGGGGUGAUGGAGCCUAGUGUUGAUAUGACAUGUACAGAUCAGGGACCAUCACAUAGCAAUAAGAGUGGCCAAACAAAUAUGAUGAGCAUGCAAUUGCCUCAAGUUGGGGGAGGGAGUGAAGGCUUCUGGUCAAUGGAGCAGCAACAAUUUGUGCAGAGUGAGAACAACAAGUGGUUUGGUUCUAGUGGCUCUUGGGAUCCACUUUUCUAUGUUCCCUCUGAGCUAGGCUGAUUAAUUAGUGAGAAUAUGUCAAUGAAAGAGAUCUCAAUUUGUUUUUAAUAUUGAAUUUACAAACCAUUCUUUAGUCUUGAUAUUAUAUAAGACCCUCUCUGUAUGCACAAAUUCACAAAAUUUCUUCUGUGAGGAAAAUAGAAUGUUGUCUCUUCCUAGGAUUUGGAGUCACUAAAUUCAUGCUAUCAAGGAUUUGAAGUUUUACAAUCUGA